AUGUUUCUGACUUAUAUUAGUGAUUAUAUUCUGCAAUCUAUUACAUCAGAAAUUCAAUCUGCUAAACUAUUUAGCAUUCUUAUUGACGUAACCCAAGAUUUGGGUCGACAUGAACAAGUUUCUGUGUUUAUAAGGUAUACAAUUAAUUUAGAGCCUAAAGAAGUCUUUUUAGGCUUCCAUCGAACCAAGUCAACUGAUGGAGAAUCACUUGUUGAAUUACUUAGAGAUAUUUUGGAGUUUAGAGGACUCGAAAUGGAAGAUAUCAGGGGACAGUGUUAUGAUGGUGCAACAUCGAUGCGAGGUGCCUACAAGGGCGUGCAAGCAAGAAUAAAAGCAGAAAAUAAUUUAGCAAUUUACCUACACUGUUAUGCUCACGUUUUAAACUUAUGUUUGGUAGAUUUAGCCAAACAAGUACCAUGUGUUAGAAAUAUGUUUGGUACUUUACAAAAACUCUACAGUUUUAUUGGAGCUUCAUCUAAGCGAUAUGCUAUUUUUGAACAAAUGUUAAGUUCUGAUACCGGUCCUAAAACACUUAAAUCUUUAAGUGAUACUCGCUGGAAUUUCCGUUGUGAAGCACUAACAUUAAAAUGCAAUUUAACUGCUAUAAUUGAUACCUUGGGUGAAAUAGCAGAAAAUGAUGCUGAAUCUGGGUCUGAUGCUGCUGCUUUACUCAAUUGUAUUCAGUCAUUUGAGUUUGUAUUUGCUCUAAUUCUAAUGGAAGAUGUAUUAACCAAGACAAAUGUUCUGUCCAAAUACUUGCAAUCUCCAUCUUUGAACUAUGGUUUGGUCAUUAAAAUGGUCAAAGAAACUAUUAUCAAUUUUAAAGAUUUAAGAACAGAAGACAAUUUUCAAAAAGUAUGGGAAAGAGUUGAAAAUAUUUCAAAAAGUAAUGGUUUUCGUGAAGCUAAGCUACCUCGAUUGAAGUCUGUGCCAUUAAAAUUAGGUGGUGGUACCAAACAGUCUGUACAAAAUGUUCAAGAUCAUUAUAAAAUUAAUGUGUAUUACAGUAUUUUAGAUAGCAUAGUAAUGUGCAUGAACAACAAGUUCAAAGAAAAUGAUUUAUCACUUUUAAAUUCUAUGUCUGAUGUAUUAUUUGAUACAAACCCCUUAACUGAAUCAAUAUAUGAAGUUUGUAAGACUUAUAAAUUAGAAUCUGAAGACUUUUCAAGUGAGAUUAAAAUACUCAAUAGGCUAUUUAUGAACCAAGGCUGUGAUUCAAUUAUAAAAAGAAUAAAUUAUCUAAAAUCAAAAGAUAUACAGAUAGGAUUCCCAAUUUACACAGAAAUUUUGAAAAUUUUUUUAACUAUACCAACCAAUACUGCUUCUUGUGAGCGUAGUUUCUCUGCUCUACGUCGACUGAAAACAUAUUUAAGAGUCACUAUGACUCAAGAACGUUUAAGUAAUUUGCCAGUGUUAUACAUACAUAACGAAUAUAAAAUUGAUUUUGAAAAAAUUAUUGAUAGGUUUGAUGUAGAAGCUUCAAUAAAGGGUCGGUCGACGUUUAGCACUCAAGUAAAUAGUUUUGAAUUUGAAUAUUGUUUUAUAAUUUGCUGUUAA